AUGGGCCCCGCACAUUACUUCCUUGGCAAUGAGUUUCACAGGACGACGACUGGUUUUCAUCUAUCUCAGCACAAGUACAUUGAUGAUCUUCUUCUUCGUGCUCAGCUUCAUGAUGCAAAACCACUCUCCACUCCUAUGUUUGCUUCCACUCAGCUCACAAAUUUAGAGGGUGAACCUCUCACCGACCCCACCUUCUAUCGCACUAUUGUGGGUGCUCUUCAGUAUAUGACUAUUAUUCAUCCUGAAAUCUCCUUUGCCGUCAACAAAGUUUAUCAGUUCAUGCAAACUCCCACUACUGUUCACUGGGCUGCUACCAAGAGAAUUCUUCGCUAUCUAAAGGGUAUGAUUAAUUAUGGUAUGCUCAUUUGA